GAAUUUAUCCUGAAGCUACCGUCAGGAGAGCUCGAGCUAUCUUGAUGCCCCAGAAAGGCAGAGACGUCAUCUGAAAGAGGUGGGCGUCUCCUGGGCUUGCCAACGCUAGAGCCUUGGACAUUGUCACCAAGCAACUUGAACAUUUUGAGUUUGACUCCAGGAAGCAAGGCACGGUUCAUUUCUAGACUUCCCAAGGCCAUUUCCCAGGACGAGCUGGGCCAAUAAGAGAAAGACACAGGAACCCCUCUGCCCUGGAGAUUCGGUCCUGCUGACGCCUGGAGACAGCCCAGUGACAGGCGGCACACCAUGGAGGGUGACUGUCUCAGCUGCAUGAAGUACCUGAUGUUUGUUUUCAAUUUCUUCAUAUUUCUGGGCGGGGCCUGCCUGCUGGGCAUUGGCAUCUGGGUCAUGGUGGACCCCACAGGCUUCCGGGAGAUCGUGGUGGCCAACCCCCUGCUCAUCACGGGAGCCUACAUCCUCCUGGCCAUGGGGGGCCUGCUGUUUCUGCUGGGCUUCCUGGGAUGCUGUGGGGCCAUGCGUGAGAACAAAUGUCUGCUGCUGUUUUUCUUCCUGUUCAUCCUGAUCAUCUUCUUGGCGGAGCUCUCGGCGGCCAUCCUGGCCUUCAUCUUCAGGGAAAAUCUCACGCGGGAAUUCUUCACCAAGGAGCUCACCAAGCACUACCAAGGCAACAAUGACACGGACGUCUUCUCUGCCACCUGGAACUCGGUCAUGAUCACAUUUGGUUGCUGUGGGGUCAACGGGCCUGAAGACUUCCGCUUUGCAUCCAUUUUCCGACUCCUAACGUUGGACAGUGAGGAGGUGCCGGAGGCCUGCUGUCGGAGAGAACCCCAGACUCGGGAUGGGGUGGUGCUGAGCAGGGAGGAAUGCCUGCUGGGAAAGGACCUGUUCCUGAAUAAGCAGGGCUGUUACACAGUGAUCCUCAACGCCUUCGAAACCUACGUCUACCUGGCUGGAGCCCUCGCUAUCGGCGUGCUGGCCAUUGAGCUUUUUGCCAUGAUCUUCGCCAUGUGCCUCUUCCGUGGCACCCAGUAGAGGGCAUGGCCUGAAGCCGGACAACACCCGCCCAACGCUGCCUGUGGCCCAGCGCCCUCCCCUCCUCGCACCCCUGUCCUGGCCUGGAGGAGGGGGCCAGGCCAACAUGCGUGGCCAGCAGGGGCAGGGGGAAAUAGCUAUUUUUUUAACAAAACAAAAAGAAGAAAAAAGUCUAGACGGAUGUCACUGACCCAGACCCCAGGGAGGGUGCCACCGGCUUUCCCCCGGGGUCCUGAAGCCGAGACCCGUGGGCACUGGAGACCAAAGGAACACCCAGUCCUAGGUCCUUCCCGGCCCCAACCGGACUCGGGCCACCCCGGGCCUGGGCCCUCUCCUCGAGGCGUCGGGACCUGGUGCCAAGAUAAAUGAGGACUUAGGCAACGAGGAAGCCAAGCAAGUGUCAGAGAGAGGUCACACCGCGUCCCUGAGGACUCAGAACCUGCGCGCCCUCCCUCAUCCUCCCAUGCGGAUACCCCUGCCUGGGGCUGGAGCCAAGAGUGGGCAGUGGACACUGGAUGCAAGGAUGGCCUGGCUGCUGCACCCUCUGUUGGACCAAACCACCUGGAAGGCCCAGAGAGGAGCAGUUUCUCACCCACCGUCACACAGGAUAUGGCAGUUGGAGCAACAGCCAGGCCUCUGCAGACCUGCUCGCACCCUCCCUGGUCUCGGCAUCUCGGCUCCCCCAGAAGAGAGGGGAGCCUGACCAGCAACCCAGCCCCCGUCUCUGCCUAGCUCCAGAGCUAAGAUUAUCCCCGACUCUCCCCGCACCUGUCAUCCCCACCUGUCGCCACACCGCCCUCAGCCCCUGGGCACACACGUGUAUGUACACACGUCACAUCUUUCCAUGCUGUUUGUUCUCGCUGCACAAGCCCCAGCACCCCCGUCCCCGCUCACCCCCUGGCUCCCCAAGCUGGAUCAUCCCCAGGGCCCCCUGACGCGCCCAUCUGCACCCGAAACUGAGGCUUGGAUGUCUUCCGCAAGACCCCUGCCGACACUUCACCCUCUUCUUGAACACCUCCAGGGACCAGGUGCUUGCUACCUCCCGAGGCAGCCCCCCGCCUCGGCCCGCAGCGGCAUCAGCUCAGGGCACGGAGUUUCUGUUUCUGUGUCCCCAUCCCUGGCAUCCCACUGGUUCUCUCUCCUGCGUGUUCAGGCCGCACAUUGUCUCCGGGAGAUUCCUCAUCUCCCGGAUGAAGAACUCCGGGGCGCCUUGGCUGCUUCUGCUGUGACACGGCAGGAGAAGUUUGCCACCCAUUCAUUCACACCACAAAGCAUCACACGUCAGUGCCUCAUACCCGGACCUCACAUUUUAGAUCAGUAUUAGCGGCUGGGUUGCAAGGCCUUGACCCCAAACAGUUUAAUCAAGGUUUGGGGUGGGCUCAGUUGGAGAGGGCAGGGAAUCCUGACUAGUGAUAUCUGGCAGCCACCUCAAGCGCAACUCGUGAUGUCUGGCGAGCACCUUAGGUUUGAUUAGUGCUGUCUGCCUGGGACGGGCAGGGGCAGCUGAGCCUGCUGUCCUCUCCUCCCGCUGGCUGACCCUCUCCAGGGAACAGCCUGGAGAAGAGCCCAUUCUGUCUUACUGGCUCUGUGCCAGCUCCCAGCCUGCCUGUGGCUUUUCAGCCACUGGGAGACAGAGCCCACUGCCCCCUGCUCUGACCCUGCCCAUCCCCAAACGCAGCCCGAGCUGCUGUAAAGAUCCCAUUUGACUUGCUGUGGCCCCUCUCCCUUCCCCUGCUACUGUGUGCUCCAGCCCUGGCCUCCCUCCAGGCCCCUGAACUGGAUCUAACUCGUCUCUGUACUAGCAGAUACAUAAAUACUGCCAUGAACUCCCUCGCGAUUGGGCAUCCCAGGGCCAAGGGCCCUGAAGCUGGCACCUCAGUCUAGCCUGAAAGGGCUUAGGGCCUGCCCUCUGCAGACCCAUCCACAUGCCUGUCCAGGCUUCCUGAAAGGCAAAUGGCUAGUCUGAGGGUGACAAAAGCAAACAGAGAACUACAUGAGACCAGUGUCUUGGGUCUAUCAGUAGCUUUGUGGUUCCCAUCCAGGGGUAUCCUAGACUUCUGGGUCCCAUAUGGCCCUGACUGCCCACAGAAUCUAGGGCCUUACAGGUAAGAAGAGUCUGGCAUCUGGCUCCCGCCCCUUUUUGAGCCCCUGAAAUGUUCGAGAGGGAGGAAGUGCAGGUUACGGGGGAAUGUCUGGAUAAGAUGGGUUCAAAGGUGAUGCAAGACCCGCACCCCCAAGAGCUGCCUAGAAAGGUGCCAAGGAGCCCCUCAGUGACCACACUCAGGCUGGAAAGGAAAAGCAGCGUCCGCUCCUAAGUUCUGGUCCAGGCUGGCAGCUGUCACGAGGACACGUGAGGCCAGGUCGAAGGGCAAAAAAGGCUUAACCUGCAGCCUCCACAGGUGUAGCUCAUGAUCCAUCAGUGCUGGGGUCCCAGGCUGCUGGAGGUGGGCGGGGACAGGCUAGGGAUGCCUCCUGGCCCAGAGGUCCUCUGACCUCUGACCCCACAACAAGACAUGGCUGGGAGAUUUCUGUCAGUGAUGUGUUCCGCCCCACAGCCCCUCCCUCCUACUUCAAAGGCACGGGCCUGGCGUGUAGGGCCUGGCGUUACACGCAUCGUAAGGGCUCAGGCCUGGGUCCCCCUCCUGGCUCUCCCUGUCCCCCUCUCCCAGCCAUGCCUCAGGAGCCAAGUUGGCCACCCCCUAACCAGCUGUGGCCCCAGCAGCCACCCCCUCUCCUGCCUCUCCCCUUCCCCACUGAGUCCCCAUGUGGAAAGUCUAUUUUGAAGACUGUAGAUGUACCUGCAGUAGACAGCAGAACUAAUUUAUCAUGUUUAUUUCCUGUGAGCCCCCCUUUUUAUAUUAUAUAUCAAGAGGAGUUUUGUAAUAUAAAACAGGAUGCCCACAGA